CGGUGUUGGUCCGCCAUUUCGUGGACGCCGGAUCGGGGAGAGUAUCUGCUGGAGCCAGGCGGGAGGGGAGUGGGAAGAGGCAGCCGCGGGUGCGUGGAUUUGAGUCUUCGCAUUUCUAAUCUAAGAUCUCGAAAUGCAUCGUGAUUCCUGUCCAUUGGACUGUAAAGUUUAUGUAGGUAAUCUGGGAAACAAUGGUAACAAGACUGAAUUGGAACGAGCUUUUGGCUAUUAUGGACCACUCCGAAGUGUAUGGGUUGCUAGAAAUCCUCCUGGCUUUGCUUUUGUUGAAUUUGAAGAUCCCCGAGAUGCAGCUGAUGCUGUCCGAGAGCUAGAUGGGAGAACGCUGUGUGGCUGCCGAGUAAGAGUGGAACUCUCUAAUGGUGAAAAGAGAAGUAGAAAUCGUGGCCCACCUCCUUCUUGGGGUCGUCGCCCUCGAGAUGAUUAUCGGAGAAGGAGUCCUCCACCUCGCCGCAGAUCUCCAAGACGGAGAAGCUUCUCCCGUAGCCGGAGCAGGUCCCUUUCUAGAGAUAGGAGAAGAGAGAGAUCACUUUCUCGGGAGAGAAAUCACAAGCCGUCCCGUUCUUUCUCUAGGUCUCGUAGCCGAUCCAGGUCAAAUGAAAGGAAAUAGAAAACCAGUUUGCAAGAGGAGUGGUGUACAGCAAAUAACUUCAUUUGACAGGAGUAUGUACAGAAAAUUCAAGUUUUGUUUGAGACUUCAUAAGCUUGGUGCAUUUUUAAGAUGUUUUAGCUGUUCACAUUUGUUUGUCUCUUGGCAACAAAAGUAAAGAUGUAAUUUUUACACAUAAAGAUGUAAUUCUCUAUGGUUUGAAAUGAAUCAUAUGAGGCAUGUAAUACCAAGAAUUGUUACUUUACAAUGUUCCCUUAAGCAAAAUUGAAUUUGAUUUUUUUUUUUAAAGUCUUGCAUAGAUUGAUAAUAAACCUCUAACUCCUGCCCAGCUAAACUGUGAUGUUCAAUAUUACUGAAGCAAAACCGGCAAAAAUUUGAGAAGACUUUCCAUAGCUGGAAUAUGGUGUGCAGUUGUAGUUGAGCAAGCAGUCUUUAAAAGCUGCUAUGAAUGCAAACCAGCAGGUAAAAGUUAAAGCUGCAUUAUUAAACUACUAGAUUAGAGGUUUAAAAAUCCCACUAGUCUUCAUAAUGGACAAGAUAUUGUCCAGUUGUAUAGAAUCUAAGAAGUUUCAGGAAAAUUAGUUUACUUUUGCUUUAGGUCAUAAGUUCCUUCUGUGAUUGCUAUAUAUGAAUACAUAGCUCUUUGUAACAUUCUUUAUUUGAAAAUUGGAGACUAUUCAAGAUACAUUCUGAUGUCCUACCAGUUUAAGGGUACAUUGUAGAGCUGAACUUUGAGUUACUGUGCAAGAUUUUUUUUCAUGCUGUCAUUUGUAAUAUGUUUUGUGAGAAUCCUUGGGAUUAAAGUUUUGGUUACAAAUUGUUGUUUAACCUGAAAGCCUGUUUUUCCUUGCAAAACUAAAAUCUGUGAGCUUGGUACCAAGUCCAGGUAUAACAUUCCUAUUGGAAGCCAUACUUAUAUUUUCUUGUAAAGUGCUUUUGACAAUAAAAUAUUAGCAUAAUUGUGUAAUAGUUGAA